ACUUACAACCUUAUAUCCUGUAAGCAACGCUUUGUAUACAAAGUACCAAGCAAAAGAAUGCCGUUCGAAAAUCUCUUCACGCGGUUGAGCCCCGAGCUGAUCUGUCACGUAGCCAACUGCAUGCACCCCAACUAUGCAGCAACUGCCUUCAAGCUCACCUGCAAAGAUGUCGCCCAGGCAGUGCGGGAGCAGUUCACGACCAUCCAGCUGCGUGGCGAGCCGCGCUCGCUGAGGUCGUUUCGUUCUCGUUCAAUCAUGAUAGCAAUAGCGGAGCAACCCUGGCCCGGAGCCGCCUUCGUGGCGCAUUGGGGCCGUCCCGAGCCCUGGUGCGCGCUGCCCCGCUGGCAGCGCCACCGGCUGCUGUGCCUGGCCGCGUCCAGCCACCACGCACCCAGCCUGGAUGCGGCCCUGGCGCACUGCGGGAUGGAUAUCCAGGCAGACGCUCUGGCAUCCGCCAUAAUUGCUGGUGACCUGGCGGCGUGCCGGCGGCUGCACGAGGCUGAGGGCUGCCGCUUUGACUGCGAGGUCGUCGCGGCAGCGGCUGGUGUUGCCGGCAGCCUGCCUGCGUGCGAAUGGCUUGCUGAGACAGCAACUUCCGCUCUUUCCAACCUCCUUCCAGAGCUGUGCUACGCCGGGCAUGUAGACGUGUUUGAGUGGGCGCUUCAACAGAUAGGCAUCCUAUACCAGGACGGCGACAUGGGUGAGGACGGCGUACUGCUGGGGGCCGCUGCGGCAGCCGGGCGAGUGGAGCUGCUGCAGAAUCUGGCCAACCGCUUUCGCCUUAAUUUAAAGCGUCAGCAUCACAGGCCCACUGUGCUGUCGCAUGUAGCGUCCGGCUGCCCGCUGGAGGUGCUACAGCAAUACUACGAGCCCUGGGGAAAUCGAUUGCUGUGGACAGCCUGGCAGAAGCGGCAGCUCCUGAUGGCGGCGGCGGCCAGCCCCACGCCCGACUGGGCCGCCAAAUGCGAGUGGCUGUGGGCUCAGUGGGGUGGGGCGGUCGAGGGCUUAGAUGUUGACAUCAGCCCUUUCUAUGAACCACGUAGGCAGUGGAUGGCUGAUGUCAUGAGUCGCCCCGACUUUCCUCAGCGGCUGCAGCUGCUGGCGUCUUACGGCCUGCGGAACAUGAUAGGUAGGAGUGCGCCUGAGGCGGCCGGCACCAUUGGCAGCACUGCCGCGGUGGAGUUCUGUCUUGACCAGCUGCCUGCUCUGCUGCGGCAGCAGGCGGUGCCGGCCGCUGGCGGUGGGCCGGCGGCGGCAGCAGGCGGACCGGUGCCGGUGGCAGAGCAGCAGCAGGUGGCAGAGGAUGCGGCGGCCCAGCAGCAGCAUGUGGCAUCAUUGAUGCUCAUCGCAGAAGCGGCAGCCAAGCACGGCCGCGUGCCCGUGCUGCGGCUGCUGCGAGAGCGUGGCUACAUCUUCCCGCCUGACAGCCUUGAGUGCGUGCUGACAAGCUUGGACAUGAGCUUUGACGGCCUCACAUCUCUGCGCUACCUGCUUCUGGAGGAGCCCGGUGCUGUGGAGCAGGGCGGUGCUGAUGAGGACUGGUCGUCCCUGUUUCGAAACGCAGCAAGGAGUGUUGCUGACCUGCCACUGCUGCAGCACCUGCACCAGCGGUACGCUUCAGACUGUGAAACGGCCACGGACCUGGCGGUGGUGGCGCAGGGAUGCAGUGUGGAGGCCCUGGAGUGGGUACUAGCAACGGAGGCAGCUGCUGGUCGGGCGCCAGAGCCGCUGUCCUGCGUUGAGUUCCUGGAGGUGCUGUAUAGUGGCAACUGGGCGGCGGCGGACUGGCUGGUGCGCCACGGCCUGGUGGCGGCGUCCAAACAGGAGGUCUUUGAGCAGCUGAUACUCGAGUGCUGUGAUAGCAACCUCAUACCUGAGCUGCGAUGGGUCAUGCGUAGUAUGGGUGGCGGGCAGGAGGUCCACGCACAGGACCACCACCAGAUGCCACCUGUGGAGUGGACGCCCGAUCUGCUUGCAGCCCUUCAUCAGGUGUCCAACCAGUACAGACUGGGUGUGUGGCAUGACACCCCAGCGCGCACAGAAUGGCUGCUGGCGCUGGUUGCCACAGCCGAGGAGGCGCUGGGCGGGGUCACUGAGAGCGGCUAGACGCGGUAUGGUGGCAGGUCAUGGCUGGAAUGCAGAAUUGUGGAAGGGUCUUCCAAGCAGGGUGCUACCGACACGUUGACACCUGCUGGUGGCAGGGCUGCUGCUGUGGGGCUUGUUGAGGCUGGCAGGGAUAGCACACGGGGUGGGGCUUGUCAUUGCAGCUCUGGCGUCCAACAGCCGGCGGGCCGGCCUUGUUGCAGUGUCCUGGAAUCCUCUCCAGGGCGGGGCGUGCGGUGCAGGCAGGAGGCCACUGGAUGGCUGAGCUGCAGUCGAUUGAGGUGCAGGGAGGCAGGCAGGCAGGCAGGCAGGCAUUGCGGAACGUGUUUCAUGUUUGGGGGGGGGGGGGUUUCUUGCUGGGGGAUUCAUCAGGGGGCUCGGGGGUUGCGUACUGUCGUGUCCGGCAACAACAAGACAUUCGCGGGAAAUGUGUUUCACGUUGCGGUUGUUGUAACUGUGUCCGGCAACGGAUAAGGUAGUGGGUAAGGGGUUUCGAGUUGCAUGCAGUGCUGGCACCUGGCAGUGAGCUGCAUUGCUGUCAACGACUUAGGUCAUGCAGCCUGUUAUAUAGAGGUUAUGCAGCCUGUUAUGAAGACGUGGGCUCCUUUGGUCAAGUAAGCUGGUGGAAGGUACGGACUUGCAGAAAUAGCCCAGGAAGAUCCCGGAUGUGCUUGCAUAUUGUUUACUGGGCCGUUUCAUACCCGCGCUCAUGCCUUCGUGCAAAUCACGAGAUUGAG